AACUAUGGAUAACGAUUAAACGAACAAACACCCACCAACGUUUGUCACCCAACAGACCACCUCAAAGGAAAGAGAUCCUCAACUUUCCAAAAUGGCUUUGAAAAGUUUGUCUACCCUUUCACACACCACCACCCUCUUCCACAAACUCACUCAUGCUUCUCCGUCUUCCCCAAUUCUAACCCCCAAAUCAUCUUCAUCUAUCUACAUUCACCAUUCCUGUUUGAGCAAGAGGAAACUCAUUUUGCUUUCACCCUUUCUAUGGAGCGUCUUGCCUAAUACACUCUUGUUAGCACAAGAAUUAUUAACUGAUGACCUUCAGAGAUUCACUGAUUCCAAAGAAGGCUUCACUCUUCUUACACCCUCUUCUUGGACUAAGGUUGAUAAAGCUGGUGCUACUGUGUUGUUUCAAGACCCAAAUACGGGAAGUAACAAUAUUGGUGUUGUGGUAAACCCGGUUCGGCUUUCAACUCUUCCAGACUUUGGGACUCCUCAAUUUGUUGCUGAUAAGCUUUUACAAGCUGAAAGACGAAAGGAAAGUACAAACGAAGCAGAAGUGAUUACAGUUGAAGAAAGAUCAGGGAAAGGAGGUUUGCAAGUUUAUGAAUUUGAAUACAAGAUUGAUAGUACUCGGGGAGGGAUAAAGAGGAUUUUUACUGCGGCAUUUGUGGCUUCAAGGAAGCUCUAUCUUCUAAAUAUUGUUCACUCUGAUAAUCCAGAGAGCCCUCUUGAUCCAGAUAAAAGAUUGAUGUUAGAGCAAGUUCUUCAUUCCUUUGAUUCAUCUAGUUAAACUCUUGGAAGUUGGAAUAGAAAAUUCUGUUCUGAUUUUUUUCCUCUCUUGAUUUUCGAUUCUUUAAUUAUUGCUACCGAGUUAUGUUCAAAUGUACUCUGAAAGUCAUCCUCAUAAACGAGCAAACUAAAAUUUUUAGUGCAUAUUGACUUAACAUAACAUCAAGUAUUGAUUUGUUUAUCAGAUCUUAGGUUAUGAGACAUUUCAAUGAUAUGAUAAAU